CACUGUUUCCUGUUUAUGCAGUGCGGUCGCGAUGUCGAAAUGUCAGAAGCGGGAUGUGUUGCAAGGAUGUUGGAUCGGCGCCUCAAUGACGUUCGUCGUGUCUCCUUUUGAGCGUGGAACACCGACUCUUGGAACUUGGAAUGCCUUCCACUGAGGGGCUCACACCUCAAAAGAUUCCCUAUUUUACGGACCUGACCUGGAAGAUCUACGACCUCAAAUACGUCCUGCUCGACUCGAGUCAAACUUCCGCCAUGACGAAAUCACAGGCGCUCCAGUCGAACCUGGACGUCGACUACGUGAUUAGCUAUAGCUUUGCGAAGACGGACAAGGCUAAGGCUGCUGCACAAUUCGAGAAGCUUUGCCAUGCCCUUGCAAAUGUAGGUCUGCAGACCGAGGCUCGCAAUGGAGACAACAACUCGGUGCUGCUCUUUGUAAGGGUAGCUUCGGAUGAGCACUUGUUCGGUGAAGUAUACAGAUCAAGGGUUCGAGACUGGAUGCAUGGCGUCCGCUCUGCUGCCCCCGACAAAGAGACGCGUGCCGCGCUCGAAGCCGAACCCCUCUACGAAGCUGAACGCCUGCGAAUCAUUUACCAGCUCAUUACCAACCCUACAGACGAAGGCGGAGCUGGCAUCACACCUAAGGAAGGAGAAUGGGAGGACGUCAAGUCCAUUUUCGCUCUUCACGAUCAUGCAUAUAACAAGGACUGGAUCAAGAAGUGGACAUCGUCCUACUUUCUGAGCAUAGAUGAUCUUGACGAUAUCAGGAACCGUCUAGGCGAAAAGAUCGCAUUUUACUUUGCCUUUACACAGUCCUAUUUCACCUUCCUGAUUCCUGCAGCAGGUUUCGGCACUUUCUCAUGGCUCUUCUUCGGUCAUUUCUCGCCCAUCUACGCCUUAUUCAGCGCACUUUGGUGUAUCGUCUUCACUGAAUACUGGAAGCACCAGGAGGGCGACCUCAGUGUCCGCUGGGGCGUCAAGAACGUUUCCACAAUUGACGUCAAGAGGAGAGACUUCCAGCACGAGCACACCAUCACGGACCCCAUCACCGGCGAGCAGGUCGGCUUCUUUCCCGCACAGAAGCGAUUUAGAAGGCAGUUGCUGCAGAUUCCCUUCGCCAUUGCGGCUACGUUCAUGCUUGGAACUGUCAUUGCAACCUGCUUUGGUAUCGAGGUCUUCAUCUCGGAAGUCUACAAUGGGCCACUCAAGAGCGUCCUGGUCUUUAUCCCUACUGGUAUCCUCACCACGGUCAACCCUAUUCUCAACACCAUCUUGACUCGGUUCGCUACACGGCUCACAGAAUUCGAGAACUACGAAACCGCAAGCGCCUUCGAAUAUGCUCUGACCCAGAAGAUCUUCGUGUUGAACUUCAUCAUGUCUUACCUCGGUAUCUUUUUGACCGCAUUUGUCUACGUUCCGUUCGGUACCGUUAUUGUACCUCACCUUGACGUCUUUAAUGUGGCUGUCCGUCCGUUCGCCGAGGACGAGAAGCAGCUGCAUCUUCACUCAACUACCGGCACCUCGAGCUGGUCAAUCAACCCUGACCGUCUCCGCAAGCAAGUCAUCUACUUCACGGUCACCGCGCAAGUUGUCAAUCUCGGCAUGGAGCUCAUCGUCCCGUAUUUGAAGCGUCGUGGAAUGGCCAAAUUCAAGGAAAUUCAGACUGAGCGUGCCGCAAAGAACGGUGGUGCUGCUCCUUCGCCCGCUGCAAACGACCCACCCGAGGAUGCCGCUUUCUUGGAUCGUGUCCGCAAGGAAGCCGAGCUUGAGGUCUACGAUGUUACCGCAGAUCUCCGCGAGAUGGUUGUCCAGUUCGGAUACCUGUCUCUCUUCUCUGUCGUCUGGCCUUUGACCGCUGUGUCCUUCCUUAUCAACAACUGGAUCGAGCUUCGUGCCGAUGCCAUGAAGAUCUGCGUCGAGAUGCAACGUCCUAUUCCCUGGCGUGCGGACACCAUUGGUCCUUGGCUCGAUUCUCUCAGCUUCCUAACCUGGAUGGGCAGCCUCACCACCUCCGCACUCGUCUACAUGUUCUACGGCGACGGCAAAGGCCCCGACGGCAAGCCCUCCAACAUCCAGCUCUGGGCCCUCCUUCUCACCGUCUUCUUCGCCGAACACAUCUUCAUCCUCGUUCGCACAGCCGUCCGCAUUGGCGUGUCCAAGAUCGAUUCUCCAGGUCAGCAGAAGGAGCGUCGCGAGCGCUUCCUGCUCCGCAAGCAGUUCUUCGACGAGAACCUGAGUCAGCUGCAGAAAUUCCCCUCGCUGACUGAUGGCGGUGAGGAAAUCACAAGGAAGAGUCUCGAGGAGGAUGCUAGGCAGUCGAGUCUGAGCGAGACGACGCCUGAGACGCGCUUCUGGAGUCGCCAGCGCGGGUGGAAGGAGUCUGCUAGCGUGGGCAAGAACUUGAUCGACAGAGCGGUGAUUGAGGCGAAGCCUGAGAUGAAGAAGGAAUUGUAAGUUGUGAGUUAACGGAGGAGUCAAUAUGGAGGGGAAGCAGGGAGGGAAGGGGGAAUCAAAAGGCACCUUGCAAGAUGUGGUGUUGGGUUGAGCAUAUUUAGCCCGGCGUUUGUGAGCGACCUAGGUACCAUCAAUAACAAGUGAACUCUCCGUUAGACACUGCUCGCUCAAUCGUCGAAUGUCGUUCACACUGCCUCGAAGUAAGUGGGUCAUC